AUGCAGCAAAAGUCGACACAAACAUCGCGAUUGGUAGACAAUCUCCUGACUGGGGAUCGAGCAGAACUCGAAGGAAUUAGUUGCAACGAUCCAAGUGGGCUAUGUCUUCUAUCCAAGGGAACCAUGACGAGUGCCAACAAUAGUGGCAUAUACACAACACUCGUGCGACUUGCAGCCCAACUUCAGACACAACAAGGAAAUGUCGAGGUUCCGCUGAUAUCAAUUGAAACCAAAUCAUACAGCAUUAUGGUUAAGGAAUAUGAUGGACACGCUGUUGCGAUGAAAGUACCAAGAACAGCGGCAAACGACGAGACAGACGAGUAA